AUGAAGAGAAAGACCAAUGAGGAUGAGGACGAACCCAAGAAGAAAACAAAGAACACUGUAGAGCAGAAGGAGCUUGGGCCAACGAAGAACCCUGCAGAGGAGAAGGGAAUUAAUCAAAAGGAUCUGAAGAAGCAUUUAAUGAAAAUUAAAAAGCAAAAAGAAGAAAGCCGAAAACAACUUAAGGAGGCAGAAUAUCAGAAAGAGAUGGCCAAGAAACAGAAGAAAGCGGCGGAGCUUCUUCUGAAGGAUCUUAGCAAGAAAGAGCCGAAAGAGGCAGAGUUUCUGAAGGUCUGGCCAAAAAAUGAGAAGAUAAAGGACUCUGAGGAUGAGGAGGAGCUGAGGAAGACUUCAAAGGACGCUGUAGAACAGAAAGGACUUGGACUAAAGACGCAUUUGAUGAGAAUUAAGAAGGAAAAAGAAGCAAUGCGAAAAGAGCUAAAGGAAGAGGAACUUCAAAAGGAGAUGGAGAAGAAACUGAAGGAGCUUCUGAAGGAGACUACUCAGAAAUGGCAAAAACAGGCAGAGCUUCUAACACAAGUGAUUCGGGAGAAGGAUGAGGCGGAGCUUCAGAAGGUACUUAAAGAGGCACAAAAUGAGGCGAGGCUAAAGAAGGAGGUCAUUAAAAAGGCUGAAAAAGUGGCAGGGCUUAGGGAGAUGAUUAAUCAGGAAAAAGUGACUGAGGUAGAGCUGAGGAAGACUUCAAAGGAUGCUGUAGAACAGAAAGGACUUGGACUAAACACACAUUUGAUGAGAAUUAAGAAGGAAAAAGAAGCAAUGCGAAAAGAGAUGAUUAAGGGUGAGAAGGACUGGGAGAAGCAUGAGCUGGCCCAGAAACUGAACUCCUACAUGGACCAGAUCCAGUCCCAGUACUACCAGGACAUGGAUUCGGCAGAGAUGGCGAUUCGGCAGAGAGCCAUCGCUCUCUACUUCAUUGACAAACUUGCCCUGAGUGUGGGGAGCGAAAAGGAGGUGAGCUGCUCCUCUCUCCGUGUGAAGAACGUCACUCUGCACAAAGACCACGACAAGAACGAGUACAUGGUGGAGUUUGACUUCCUGAGCAAAGACCUCAUCCGCUCCUACAAGGAAGUGCCCGUCACGAAGAGGGUCUAUAAAAACCUAAAGAAUAUCAUAGAGAACAAGGGGGCAGGAGACAAAUUGUUCGACCUACUAACCACAUCCACUCUAAAUGAGUACAUCAGCUCUCUGAUGCCUGGUCUGACCAGCGAAGUGUUUCGAACCUACAACGCCUCUGUAGCCCUGCAGAAGAGCCAGAGAGAACUGUCCUGCUUGUCAAAUGGCCAGGCUGACAAGAUGCUUGCCUACAACGGGGCAAACCAUGCAGCUGACACAAAGGCAGACACAAAGGACUUUGAGCAGUCCAUAGCUGGACUGAAUGCCAAGAUUGACAGGUUGACACAGGAGCUCUCCCAGGUCAAGACUGAGCUGGCAGUGUGGGAUGCCAAGUACUGCUUCGACAGAAAGUGGUAUGUGUGA